AUGGCACAGGCAAUGCUUGUACCACCAGGAUCUGACUGCUUCGUCUAUUUCACCAAAGAAUCCCUUGCAGCUAUUGAAAAACGUAUUGCUGAUGAAAAGUCUCAUUGUGACAAAGAAGAGCAUAAAGAUGAUGGUGGUCAUGAAGAAAAUCACCCAAAGCCAAGUAAUGACUUGGAGGCAGGAAAGACACUGCCAUUUAUUUAUGGCGAUAUUCCUCCAGGAAUGGUGUCUGAGCCCCUGGAGGACCUGGAUCCAUAUUAUAUAAAUAAAAAAACGUUUAUAGUAUUGAAUAAAGGGAAGACAAUCUUCAGGUUCAGUGCCACACCUGCCUUGUACCUUUUAUCUCCUUUCAAUAUUAUUAGAAGAGUAGCUAUUAAGAUUUUGGUUCAUUCGUUGUUCAGCAUGCUCAUUAUGCUCACUAUUUUGACAAACUGUGUAUUUAUGACAUGGAGUAACCUUCCAGACUGGACAAAGAAUGUAGAGUACACUUUCACGGGAAUUUAUACUUUUGAAUUUCUGGUAAAAAUCCUUGCAAGAGGCUUCUGUAUAAAUGAUUUUACUUGCCUUCGUGACCCCUGGAACUGGCUUGAUUUUGUUGUCAUUUCCUUUGCGUAUGUAACAGAAUUUGUAAACCUAGGCAAUGUUUCAGCUCUUCGAACUUUCAGAGUAUUGAGAGCUUUGAAAACUAUUUCUGUAAUCCCAGGCUUGAAGACCAUUGUUGGAGCCUUAGUUCAGUCUGUGAAGAAGCUCUCAGAUGUAAUGAUUUUGACUGUGUUCUGCCUGAGUGUAUUUGCACUAAUAGGACUGCAGCUGUUCAUGGGCAAUUUGAAGAAUAAAUGCUUAUUUUGGCCAUCAGAAAAUUCAACGUCUUUUGAAAAAUACCUAGCUCCCUACUUUAAUGGUACAGUGUUUGAUUGGACAGCAUACAUUGAGAAUGAAAGUCAUUUCUAUCGUGUUGAAGGACAAAAGGAUUAUCUGCUUUGUGGCAAUAGCUCAGAUGCAGGGAAAUGUCCAGAACAGUUCAUUUGUGUGAAAGCUGGUAGAAACCCAAACUAUGGAUAUACUAGCUUUGACACAUUCAGUUGGGCUUUCUUGUCGCUGUUUCGACUGAUGACACAGGACUACUGGGAAAAUCUUUAUCAGCUGACGCUACGAGCUGUUGGCAAAACAUACAUGAUAUUUUUUGUUCUGGUCAUUUUUCUGGGUUCCUUCUAUCUGAUUAACUUGAUUUUGGCUGUGGUUGCCAUGGCCUAUGAAGAACAACAUCAAGCAACCAUGGUUGAAGCAGAACAGAGGGAGGCAGACUUGCAGCAGAUGCUUGAACAGCUGAGGAAGCAGCAAGAAGAAGCUCAGGCAAUAGCAGCAGCUGCAGCAGAGAUGACUGAGUACAGUGGCGAAAGUGGGAUUGGUGGACCCUCAGAUAGUUCUUCAGAAGCAUCCAAGCUCAGCUCAAAAAGUGCCAAAGAAAGGAGAAAUAGAAGGAAGAAAAGAAGGCAGAGGGAGCUCUCUGGAGAAGAGGAUGGCAUGAAGGCCGAAGAACUUCCAAAAUCUGAAUCAGAUGGCAGUAUCAGAAGUAAAGGUUUCCGUUUUUCUUUCGAUGGGAACAGACUUGCUUAUGGGAAGCCAUUCACAUCACCCCACCAGUCUUUACUGAGUGUUCGUGGCUCCCUGUUUUCUCCCAGACGCAGUAGCAGAACAAGUCUUUUCAGUUUUAGAGAAUAUGGAAGAGAGAUAGGAUCUGAAAAUGACUUUGCCGAUGAUGAGCACAGCACGUUUGAGGAUAAUGGGAGCAGAAGAGGUUCUCUCUUUUUGCCACGCAGACACGGUGAACGGCGCAGUAGUAACAUUAGUCAAGCCAGUAGAUCAUCAAGAAGGCUGGCAGUGUUUCCAGUGAAUGGGAAGAUGCACAGCACUGUGGAUUGCAAUGGGGUGGUUUCCUUAGUGGAUGGACCACCAGGUCUGUUGUCACCUACUGGACAGCUUCUGCCAGAGAGCACUACGACAGAAAUAGAAGUAAAAAAGAGGCGUACAAGUUCAUAUCAAAUACCAGUGGAGUUGCUGGAGGACCCCAAUUUAAGACAAAGAGCCAUGAGUGUAGCUGGCAUUAUCACAAAUACAAUGGAAGAACUUGAAGAAUCCAGACAAAAAUGUCCACCUUGCUGGUACAAUUUUGCCCACACUUUCUUAAUUUGGGAUUGUUGGGAGCCCUGGUUAAAAGUAAAGAACGUAGUUGAAUUGAUUGUGAUGGAUCCACUUGUUGAUCUGGCUAUCACUGUUUGCAUAAUUUUAAACACACUGUUUAUGGCCAUGGAACAUUAUCCAAUGACUAAAGAUUUCAAUAAUGUACUUAAAACGGGAAAUCAGGUUUUUACUGGAAUUUUUGCGGCAGAAAUGGUUCUCAAGAUAAUUGCCAUGCAUCCUUUUUAUUAUUUCCAAGUUGGAUGGAAUAUCUUCGAUAGCUUUAUAGUUACCCUUAGUUUGGUGGAGCUUUUUCUGUCUAAUGUGGAUGGAUUAUCUGUUCUCCGAUCAUUCAGAUUGUUGCGAGUUUUCAAGUUGGCAAAGUCUUGGCCAACUCUAAAUAUGCUGAUAAAAAUUAUUGGCAACUCAGUGGGGGCUCUGGGGAAUCUGACCCUGGUGCUGGCCAUCAUCGUGUUCAUUUUCGCUGUGGUUGGGAUGCAGCUAUUUGGGAAAAGCUACAAAGAAUGUGUCUGCAAGAUCUCUAGUGACUGUGAACUUCCACGCUGGCACAUGCAUGACUUUUUCCAUUCUUUCCUGAUUGUAUUUCGAGUGUUGUGUGGAGAAUGGAUAGAAACGAUGUGGGACUGCAUGGAGGUUGCAGGCCAACCUAUGUGCCUUACUGUCUUCAUGAUGGUCAUGGUGAUUGGAAACCUAGUGGUAUUGAACCUUUUUCUAGCCUUGCUGCUCAGUUCAUUUAGUUCAGACAGCCUUUCUCCCAAGGAGGACGAUAGUGAGAUGAACAACUUACAGAUUGCUGUUGCAAGAAUUCAGAAGGGAAUAGAUUAUGUGAAGGAAAAAGCAGGUGAAUGUGUCCGAAAGUCUUGUUGGGGGAAACAAGCUGUUGUAAAUCAAAGAACAGCAACAGAUCAGUUCAAUGAUGGGAAAGACCAUUGCAUUUCCAACUGUACCAUUGCUGAAAUAAGGAGAGAUACAAAUUGUCACAAAAAUGAGAAUGGAAUGGCCACUGUUAUAGGUGGCAGUGAUUAUACAUCAUUCAUAAACAACCCAAGCCUUACUGUUACAGUACCAAUAGCUGUUGGAGAAUCUGAUUUUGAACAUCUAAAUACAGAAGAGUUUAGCAGUGACUCAGAUUUGGAGGAAAGCAAGGAGAAGCUGAAUUUUUCCAGCUCAUCUGAAGGAAGUACAGUUAAUUUAGCUCUCUUUGGAGAAGAAAAAGCUGAAACUGAACCAGAAAAAGCAUCAGAGCUACAGGCGUGCUUUACAGAAGGCUGUGUACGGGAGUUUAAAUGCUGUCAAGGCAAUAUGGAAAGCACAAAAGGAAGAAUCUGGUGGAACCUUCGAAAAACGUGCUACAAGAUAGUAGAGCACAACUGGUUUGAAACAUUCAUUGUCUUCAUGAUUCUUCUCAGUAGUGGUGCUCUGGCUUUUGAAGAUAUAUAUAUCGAACAGCGCAAGACUAUAAAAACCAUACUGGACUAUGCUGAUAAAAUCUUCACUUACAUCUUUAUUCUGGAAAUGGUGCUAAAAUGGGUGGCCUAUGGUUUUCAGACUUAUUUCACUAAUGCUUGGUGUUGGCUGGACUUCCUGAUUGUUGAUGUCUCCUUGAUUAGCUUAGUAGCUAAUGCCCUUGGUUUCUCAGAACUCAGUGCAAUUAAAUCUCUCCGAACAUUGAGAGCUUUGAGACCUCUGAGAGCUUUAUCACGCUUUGAAGGCAUGAGGGUGGUUGUGAAUGCUCUUACUGGAGCAAUCCCAUCCAUUAUGAAUGUACUUCUGGUUUGUCUUACAUUCUGGCUAAUUUUCAGCAUCAUGGGAGUAAAUCUGUUUGCUGGCAAGUUCUACCACUGUGUUAACACCACAACUGGUGAGCCCUUCCCACCAGAGGAAGUCUAUAACAUAACUGCGUGUAAAAUUCUUGCAAAGACUGCUGACGAUGUUCGGUGGAAAAAUGUGAAAGUAAACUUUGAUAAUGUUGGAGCUGGUUAUCUUUCUCUGCUUCAAGUAGCAACAUUUAAAGGAUGGAUGGUGAUCAUGUACGCUGCGGUUGAUUCUAGAGAAAUAGAGAAACAGCCCAAGUAUGAGGAUAACCUGUACAUGUAUAUUUACUUUGUUGCCUUCAUCAUCUUUGGAUCGUUUUUCACCCUAAACUUAUUCAUUGGUGUCAUCAUAGAUAACUUCAACCAACAAAAAAAGAAGCUUGGAGGCCAAGACAUUUUCAUGACAGAAGAACAAAAGAAAUACUACAAUGCAAUGAAGAAGCUUGGAUCCAAGAAACCACAAAAACCUAUACCUAGACCAGCGAACAAAUUGCAAGGUCUGGUGUUUGACAUUGUAACCAAGCAAGCAUUUGACAUCACCAUUAUGGUUCUCAUCUGUCUUAACAUGGUCACCAUGAUGAUAGAAACAGAUGACCAGGGUGAACUGAUGCAAAAUAUUUUGUACUGGAUUAACUUGGUCUUUGUUGUCCUUUUCACUGGAGAAUGUGUCUUCAAACUGUUCUCACUCCGUUAUUAUUACUUCACCAUUGGCUGGAAUAUUUUUGAUUUUGUGGUUGUUAUUCUUUCAAUAGUAGGUAUGUUUCUAUCUAAAGUGAUUGAAAAGUACUUUGUAUCCCCGACUUUGUUCAGAGUUGUACGACUUGCCAGAAUCGGUCGAAUCCUGCGUCUCAUUAAAGGCGCUAAGGGAAUCCGCACUCUGCUUUUUGCUUUGAUGAUGUCCCUUCCGGCUUUGUUCAACAUCGGCCUGCUGCUGUUCCUGGUCAUGUUUAUCUAUGCGAUAUUUGGCAUGUCCAACUUUGCCUAUGUUAAGAGGGAAGCUGGUAUAGAUGACAUGUUCAACUUUGAAACGUUUGGCAACAGCAUGAUUUGCCUGUUUCAAAUUACCACAUCUGCUGGCUGGGAUGGUUUGCUAGACCCAAUCCUUAACAGUGGGGAGCCAGACUGUGACCCUAACAAAACUCACCCGGGGAGCUCCAUUAAAGGCGACUGUGGCAACCCUUCCGUUGGGAUUUUUUUCUUUGUCAGCUACAUUAUCAUAUCAUUUCUGGUAGUGGUGAACAUGUAAAUUGCUGUCAUUUUGGAGAACUUUGGUGUUGCUACUGCAGAAAGCGCUGAACCCUUGAGCGAGGAUGACUUUGAGAUGUUCUAUGAGGUUUGGGAAAAAUAUGAUCCUGAUGCAACACAAUUCAUAGAAUAUAGCAAAUUGUCUGAUUUUGCAGCUUCUCUGGAUCCUCCUCUUAAUAUACCAAAACCAAACACAAUUCAGCUUAUUGCAAUGGAUCUGCCCAUGGUAAGCGGUGACAGAAUUCACUGCCUUGACAUCUUGUUUGCUUUCACAAAGCGUGUUUUGGGGGAGAGUGAUGAAAUCAGAAUACAGAUGGAAGAUCGGUUUAUGGCAGCCAAUCCAUCUAAAGCUUCUUAUGAACCAAUUACAACCACAUUAAAAAGAAAACAGGAGGAAGUGUCUGCUACUAUCAUUCAGCGUGCUUAUAGACAUUAUCUUUUAAGACAGUCAAUAAAGAAGCUUUCGUUUAUGUAUCGGAAAGAAGGGGUUGAUCUGCUUAUCAAAAAAGAUAUGAUUAUUGACAAACUAAGUGAAAAAUCACCUCCAGAGAAAAUGGAUAUGCCUGCACCCACCACAUCUCCACCUUCUUAUGACAGUGUAACAAAAACAGAAAAAGAAAAAUAUGAAGAUGACAAAUCAGAAAAAGAAGACAAGGGGAAAGACAGAAAAGGAAAUAAAAAGUGA